AUGGCUGUCUUAGGAGACGUAGCCUUUUUGAGCUGUAGCACAGCCGAUGGCCAUGUUGCUGUGACGGGCUGGGUUGUGGAGCUGCCGGGGACAGACGGCGUAGUUGGUACCAUUGCAGAUUCCGUGAAGACCUUAGAGCAUAAGCUGCAGGCUCCCAUUUCGGCUUUGGUUCUUGAUAGGCCGAAGGAUUGGACAGGACCUCGCUUGAGUGACGUGCCGGGUUGGCGGAUCAUUGAAGCGGGAUGGAAGAAGCUGAGUGCCUCAGACCUGACCAGCAGCGAAGCCGAGCAGCCGAGAAGACGAUCAGAGGAAGUAGCCAGCGGAUCGGGAAAUGUGGCACAGGGUUCUUCUGCCAGGAAGUCCAAGCUGACCCCUCACUUGAAGGGAUUGGCCACUCUGUUUGGAGAGGAGAGCGAUGGAUCGGAGGAAGACGAGGAGGCCGAGGACGACGAGUUGGGAAAGGUUCCCCUUCAGAAGGGUUUUCUUCCGCCAGGUGGCAGCGCCCGGAAGGCGAAAAAGGCCGAGGCUCGGGGAUCAGAGGAGGCCUUCGACGUGAAGAAGAUGAUGGCAAAGGCGGUUGCAAGUGGUGCGGACCCGGCCAGUCUGUUACCCAUGAUGCUCAUGGCCCAGAUGUUGGAGAAGGACAGAAAGGGGCGACGGUCUCGAAAAAGGUCCGAGGCCCUCCUUGGUGGCUCUUCCUCCGACGAGUCCGGAAGCGAAGAGGAUGGCUUGGAUCCCAAGGGAAUGAAGGCCGUUCAUACUUUGCACCGCUUCCACGAGCAGAUCUUGAAAAAGCCGAGGCGGGUGAUCGCGGCUUUCGAGAAGGAGGUCGUGGAGGAGCUGGGAGUGGUACCAGGGCAGAGCUGGACACUUCGGGAUUACGUGAAGAGGCAAAGCUGGGGCCGCUACAAAGGACUAUUCAGGUGCGCCAUGAUGGACGUGGCGACUUACGAAUUGAUCCGCAAUGGUCGCCCCGAAGCGGCCGCAGCUCAGACAAUCCAGAACUUGAAGGCGAAGAUGCAGGCGGUCAUCGAGCAGGGCGACUGGACGACGGCAUGGCUAUUGACUGGAUUGGUCGACCCGGUCCAGAAGAAGGAGUGGGCCGGCAACAAGCAGGAGAUGACCAUUGUCUCGGGGUACGUCGAUGCCAUGGCUCGGCUCAAAAAGAAGGUUCGCGAAGCUCACGGAAAAGAAGGCGACGACGAGGACGAGCCCGGACAGGGUUCUUUGCUGGAGCGGUCUGGCGAUUCAAUAUCACUUUUUCCGUGUGCGCUGCCCUACCCGGAGACCCUCUCGGCGGCGGGUGUGAAGGGUGAGGAUGAGGCCAGAGUGUGGUGGGCCAAGUCGUUGAUGAACAGCUUCGUCGCUUGGUCUAACUUUGUGGUUCUGGGUUGUCCUCGUUGGGGUGGUAGCGCAUACGAGCCACGAGUGGCCUAUCGGAGUUGCACGGAGGCGCGGGCCUUCGCCGACAGGUUGCUUGGUGAGGUGGAGGAAUUUGCCGCCUCGGACUUGGUUUUGGGUCGUCUUGCUUGUGAAGGUAAGAGGGCGACUGUAGAGGACCUCCUCGCGCAAGUCCAGGAAAGUGCAGGUGCAAGCUACUUUGAUGGUGUUCAGGCCCCCGCCUCGACAUCGUCGCCCGCCUUGGCCGUGACGGCUGACCGCAUCGCGGUGCCCAACUCAGCGGGAGGUGUUGAUCCAGGAGACUGGCUACCAGAGGAUAGAGCAGCUGUUUUCCGGGACCUUGAGUCGAUUCGGUUGCCCGAGCAUCUUUGGGAUGAAGCUCCCCUUGCCUGUCAUCGGGUGCCCCAGGCCGAGGAGGCUGAUUUGGCUCGAAAGCUGCUCGAGACGAAGAUGGCUGUGCUGGUCCCAGAAGACGCUUUGCCUCGUCGUCGUGAUGGUCGGAUGUUGGUAGGUGGUUUGUUUGCCGUGGCGAAGAAUGAGCAUGAAGACAGACUAAUAUAUGACCGCCGCCCCGAGAACUCCACUAUGCCUUAUUUGGACUGGGCUACUCUACCUAGCGCGGCAUGCUUCACUCGUCUUCUUUUGCAACCAAACCAAUACCUUCGCGGCUCAGGUGAUGAUCUGCGGAACUUCUACUACAACCUGCGACUUCCUGAAGGCUGGGAGAGGUUUAAUCCUGUUGGCCGCAGGGUUGAUGCUCGUGUCGUAGAAGAACAAGGGCUUGAUCCUCGUAUUCACCAUCGCCUAUGUCUUCGGGUAUUGGGAAUGGGUGAUCGCAACGGGUGUGCAAUCGCGCAGGCGACGCACGAGGGGAUCCUACGGAAACACGGUGGGUUGGACCCUGAGACAACCUUGCGCUAUGGUCAGAGUGCUCCUCGUGGGGAUUUGUGGCAGGGGGUUUAUCUAGAUGACUUGCUCGUUGUGCAGCGCAUGACCGUUGGAGCCGCAGUCCCGCUCGAUGGCACGUUCGACCCGCCUGAGGCUUCGGCUGAAGAUGCGGACAUGCAGGAGGUGUCGAAGGCAGAGGGUGCUUAUGAUGCCGCGGGGUUGCAGAGGGCUUUGCACAAAUCGUUUCGUGCGUUGACGAAGUUCAAGGCUUGGGGUGCCGAGAUUGACGGUGUCCAAGGCACGAUCGCUUCACCGUUGUCGGUGCGCCAGCAAGUGUGGAGGUUGUUGGAGCGUCUUGUUGCGACAGGCUGGGCUACGAAGGAGAUCAUGCAGAAGGUGCUCGGUUUCCUGGCUUUCGCUUUUCAGUUUAGGCGAGAGUUGUUCUGCUUGCACCACAGGGUUUACAAUUUUGUGGCGAAGCUGCCCGAGAAGAAGUGGUGCCGACUCCCGAAUCACAUCGUUGACGAGCUCCGGAGUGUUGCCUUGCAUCUCCCUUUUGCCAGGUGGAAUAUGCGUCGAAGUUUGCAUCCUUCGGUGCUGGCUACUGAUGCGACUCCUACCUCAGGGGGCGCUGUGAGGGCCCGAGUUGCUCCAGAGCUGAACGAGGAGUUGUGGCGCCGGUCUGAAAUAAGGGGGGCUCCAGUACGGCUAGAUCGUGCGGAGGCUUUCACGUGGAAGGCGGAGGAGCCGAUCGCGGUGUCCACUUUUGCCAGUGCGAUUUCGGAGUGUUUGCAAUGGACGGUGACUGCUUCUUAUUCUUUCCGCAGUACCAGUCACAUAAACUUGCAGGAGGGUCGAGCACUUCGUCGGGAAAUUGCUCGUAUGGCCAGCGCCCUACGGAACGCCGGCCAUGUGCAGGUGUGCCUCAAUGACAGCCGCGUGAUCGUGGGAGCGGUUGCCAAGGGGCGCUCAAGCUCCUACAAGUUGAAUGGUUUGCUAAGGGCUCAGCUUCCGUAUCUCAUCUUCGCCGACAUAGUCUUGGCGCUCCUGUGGGUGGAAACCGAGUCCAACUUGGGCGACCACCCAUCCCGCUUCAGGUCGCUGCCGCCUCCAAAGCCUCCGCCUCGCUGGAUGUCACGUUUUGGGGUUAGGCACAUAAGAGCAGGAAGUGGUGUGCAGAUUUUCGGUUCAGCGUACUUCACGGAAGCCCAUCGUGACAAAGGUCUGAUGAUGUGGGACCCGGUUGAUGUCGGGCACGAGGCAAGCCUACUCCGGACAACACUAGGCUGGCAUUCUUGGGUUGCCGAAGCCAUCGAGGAGGGGCACCCGCGGAAAGGGGGAGCACUUCGAGGCCGGGAUACGCAGCUUUUCAUGUCGAAGCACGAGGGGAUCCGCAGAUAUAUUGUCGAUUGGAACCUUUAUGUCGACCCGGGAAGCCGUGAGGAGGGGGAACUCGAGCAGUCUGUUGUGUUGUCCAAUGCGCCGUAUGUGGAUGCGUGGUUGGAGCGAGCGGUUGAGGCGGCUUUCCAAGGUGGUGAAAAGUUGUACUGGGCUACCCUGGCAGUGCUGAGCAUUCAAAAGGAGCUUCGACUGUCCGGGCCUUUGUUGAGGAACACCUGGUCAAACCUUCGAGCGUGGCGGAUGUUGCAACCAAUCAAGCCGCGGGUGCCAAUGACCCAUUAUGUGAUGCAAUGUGUCCUUGUCGUCUGCCUGGCCUUUGCGAAUCAAUCCAGCGGUUCGGCGAAAGCGGAAUGGUUCUCAACUAUGUUGGGGAUCUGGCUAGCGUUUGCGGGAAUGCUCCGGCCUGGCGAGGUAGAUAACCUCAAAUUCUCCGACUUUUGUUUUCCAGAAGUGGCAGAGCUUUGUGAGAAUGUGGGGCUGGUCGUAAACAUACGUCAAGCUAAGACGCGGAGAGUAUGGGCGAACCAAUUCAUCCUCAUACAUGAUCGGGCUCUGGUGUCCUGGUUACGAUGGUGGGCGCAGGAUCAAAAACCUUCGCUUCGCUUCUUGCAGGUGGGACGCCGGAAGUGGUCGGAGCGACUACGUGAGGCCCUCAAUGCUUUGGAUUUGGAGACCUGUCAUUUGACGCUAGGGACGGAAACAUUACGGCAUUAUUUGCAAGAUGCCCUGGCCAUUCACACGUUGGCCCAGGCUCCCGGCUCUGCUAAGGACAAGCUUGCUGAAGUGUAUGAUUACUGCGGCUAUUGGGGCUCUCCGUCCGAGCUCUCCUUCGUCGUCGUCCACCAGGACCGCUGGAGCUACCUCGUCGUGGUCUCGGGUGUCGUUGCCUGGGCGCAGUGCGUCGUGAGGGAGCGGGGGAGGCUGAGGAAGCGACAGAAGGCACCGCUUCUGCUGCAGCUGAGGCGCUGCAGUCGCUGGCUGGGCAAAUCAAGCAGCCUUUGGAUGUUGGAGGACCCGCAGGCGCGGGCAGCGGCUGCCAGGUGGCGUGCGGGAAGCAGUGCUCGCCGUUUAACGGCCGUCCUAGCCCGGGCGAGGCAAGGCCUACAAGCCUGGGUGAAUGGGCCAACUCGUGAGUUGAGCGGGGGGCCGCCUGCCCCUGUCCGGCCUCGGCCAAUUCGCCCUGCUUCGCGCGACGGCACACCUGCAGAACCAACCUCGUGGCGAGCCUGGUUGCCGCGUCUUAGUGUGUGGACGGUCUUGCUGCUGGUGUGUUUCUUGGUGUUCCCUCGCAUCAUCGCCAAGUUCGCCACUUUGAUCCUCAGACUGUUGGGCAAGGCCAUGUUUAGCCUCAUGUCGAAUCUGAUCCAGGAACUCCUGUCUCAGACUUUGCAGGCAGCGACUGAGAUGGAGGAUCAGGUCGUGGAGUACCUGAACCUUUACCUGGGUGGCGAGAGCAAACCUGUGGCGUCGCUGCCGCAGUCUGACGCUGUGGCCACACCUCCUGCGCAGCAGCAGGUGGUGGUCGCCCACCCGACCCGCCCGGUCGACUUGCUGAUGCUCCUGCUCCUCACCCUCAACCUUCGCCAGCAGCAGGGAGGCAUCCUUGAAGGUGGCUUCGGGAUCCAGUCUGAAGGGCCCCAGGCGAUUGAGUGUGGUGCCUUUUUGGCCAAGAAGGCGGCUUUUGUUUGA